AUGAACUAAGUAUAGGGAAGAUUGCUCACAGUGGUCCAAAAUGAAUAGUACAAUAAGUUCACUUAAUCUAUAAAUUUAUCCAAUCCAUAAAAUUAUUGGGUAAAAAAGCCAAUUCCGUUUAGUGAUUCAGUUCAACUGAGUGUUUAAUGUGUUAAGAAUAGAGAUUGGAAUCCUGAAUUCUUGAUUUUAUAAAAGGAUGAAACUUUAAUAAAGUAUUUAAACACUCAUUACUAUUCUAAUAGCACUAAUCACUUCCAAAUGAUUAUAAAUGCCAAAAUUCUACUUAUAGAUGUUACUUAGAAAGACUUCACUCUCCAAGUUAAAAGCGGUGAUAUUAUCAAGAAAAUUUCAAAUUUGAUAGGCUCUGAUUCUCAAUAUUGCUAUGAGUACCAUCAAUUUAAAACUGAUUGCAAUGAUUACUGUGCAAGCUCUGCAUAUGACUCUUACGUGAAUUUGACUGUUGGUUUUGAAAUGCACACUGACCCAUUAAUUAAAUUAGAAUUCUCUUCUGAAAAUUUGCAAGAAGGCUAGUUUAUUGGUAUACACUCGUUGAGUAUAUAAGUAGACUUAUGUGAUGAAAAUUGUUUAAAGUGCAGUGGAAGCCCAGAUAAAUGCUCAAUAUGCAAGGAGAGUUCUCACUAUUUAGAUAUUUCUACUCAUAAAUGCGUAUAAAACUGUAGUUUAGGAUAAUUUGAAGAUACUGAUUAGGCAAAUCCAUCACAAAAAGUUUGUAGACCAUGUAUUUUCUAGAAUUGCCUAAAAUGUGAGAGCACUCAAUGCACAUAAUGUUAGUAGGGUUAUCAUUUUGAUUUUUAAGAAAACAAAUGUGUUUUUUGCCAAUAAUCUUGUGAUAUUUGUGCAGACACUUCCACUUGCUCUCAAUGUAUCAAAGGAUUUUAUUUAAAUUAAGGUAUUUGCUAAAAAUGUUAGUCAGGAUGUCUCGAUUGUAAAUCUGAAAACUUUUGUAAUGCUUGCUCGUAGAAUUAUUAUUUAAACAAUAAUUAAUGCUAAAAGUGCUUACCUUUUUGCUAAGAUUGCUAAGAUGGAUAAACAUGCAAAUAAUGUUUACCUGGUUAUCUAUUUAAGAAAAGAAUAGACUCUAUAUUGAGUGAUGAAUGUGUAAUUGAGUGUGGUUAGAGUUUCUUCCCAUCUAAUGACAAUAAAACAUGCAUUUAUUAAGAUGACUCUUAAUGUGAGGAAUCGAUUGAUAAAAUUAAUGGAUGCUAAAAUAAAAAAUGUAGGAUCUUAGGUUCAAAUAUUUUUGCGAACUACAAAAAAGAAUGUAUUUUAAACUGUCCUCAAGGAUAUUUUAAAAAUAAAAUAAGUGAAGAUAGAUAUUCAUGUGUCUAAUGUCCUUAAAACUGCUCAAGCUGUGUAUCUAUGAAUGAAUGCACAGAAUGUGCUGAUUAAUAUUUUUUAUAGAAAAAUUUUUAGAAUACACUAUGUUAAAAGUGCCCUGAAUAGUGCAAUAGUUGUACUUAAGAAAACUAAUGUACAAGCUGUAAGGAUGGUUAUUUUCUUGAUAAUAACUAGUGUCUUAAGGUUUGUAGUGGAUCUAAAUAUGGAAAAGAUAAUAAAUGCUUUGAUUGUAAUUUAGUCCACUGCUCUAAAUGCUUUAGUAGUGAUGUUUGUGAAAUAUGUGAAACUGAUUUUGUUGAAAUAGAUGGUUAGUGCUUAUAAAAAUGUCAUAAUGGAGAAUAUAGAGAAGGUAAUAAUCCUUAUUGUUCUAAAUGCCUAAAAAAUUGUAUAGAUUGUACAAGUGGUACUUAAUGCAAUAGUUGUAAAAGUGGAUUUUAUUUAGCAAAUAAUUUUUGUAAGCCUUGUGAUAGUUCGUGCGAAACUUGCUCAGGCCCAUUACCUUAUCAAUGUCAAACUUGUGAUGAGAAAAAAAAUUUAUUUCUUUUCUAAAAUAGCUGCAUUUCUUAAUGCCCUGAUGGAUAUUACCAAUCAGGAAAUAAAUUAUGUUAGUCUUGUUCCAGUAAAGGUUGUGCAAAGUGUUCUUAAAUUAACUAGUGUUCUUUAUGCAAAUCUAGUUCUGAUUUUUUGAAAAACGAUAAAGAAUGCACUCAAAUAUGCCCAAUAGACCAUUAAAUCUUUAUUGAUGAGAAUAAUAUUUUAAACUGCUAUAAAAUAGAAUGUGAAUAUGGUAAGUAAUAGAAUUAAAAGAAAUGUGAAGAGAUUUGUGGAGAUGGAAUUGUUUAAAAUUAGGAAUGUGAUGAUGGUAACUUAUAAAAUGGUGAUGGAUGCAAUGAUAAAUGUUAAAUUGAACCUUAAUUUGAAUGCUCUUAAACUAAUAUUAAUCUUCCAUCUAUUUGCAAAUUUGCUUUAGAAUAUCAUUUAUUAGAUCAGGGAAUAGAGAACUCAUUUGUAAUUUAAUUUAAUACAAGCGUUGAUUUAUUAAAAGAGGAUAUUUUCGAUCUGUAAAUAGAAUCUCUCAAUAAAGAUGAUUUUAGUUACUCAAUUGGUACUUCUUUGUCAAAAUAAAACCAAGUAGUAGUGAAUUUAAAUUUCAAAGUUUUAGUGCCACCAUAAAUAUAACUUAUUGUUAAAAAUUAAUUUGUUGAAGAUAGCUAUAUCAGACUGAUUGAAUUUAAUGAAAAUAUUGAGUUUGUAUUAAGAGAAUAAUAAAAUGCUAUAAUAAUUAAGAGCUAAUACAACCACACUAAAGAUGAAACAAGAGCAUCUAAAGUUAUAGAAAUUUUAGCCAAAAUAUUUUGUACUUUAAUUAUGAUUUCCUUCAUACCAUUAGUUUUUCUUGGUAAUUCUAAUCUCUUAGUUAGUAUAGUUGAUGCUUUAUAGAUAAUUUAAUUUCACUCUUUUAUAGAUAUUAAGUACCCAUUAGUUUUAUAGGAGUUUUUGAAAGUUUUCUCAGUGUUCGAUUUUAAGAUAUUUAAAAAUAUUUUCUCUGUAUUAAUUCCUAAUAGCUUGGAUAGAUACUCAUACGAUUCUUUUGAAAGAAAUAAUAGAAAAUCCAUUUAUCUUUUAAAUACAGGAUAAUACUACACUUUAUUUGCUUUGAUUAUUUUCCUACAUUGUGUUUUUAAAUUAAUUGGGAAAAAGUAUUCUCAAGUAAAGAAGUCUGCUGAUAGAAUAUUUUAAUAUAAAAUUUACUAUGAAUUUCUUGCUUUAGCUUAUUUUCAUAUUGUGUUUUAUACUUUUUUACAAUGGACAAAUAUGCAAACAGAACUCUAGAUAGAAUAUUUCAAUUAAAUUUUGAUGUUUUUGACAUUCAUUAUUGUGUUUCCAACACCUAUUAUGGGAAUAAUAUUUAUUAAUAAGUAUUACACAAAACUAACUGAAAGUAGCGUUUAAGAAAAGUUUGGAUCUGUUUGGUAGGGCUUAAAAGAGGAUCUAUAGUCUAAAAUAUACUUUGCUUAUGUUGGUGUAAAAAAAAUAAUUUAUUGUCUGAUAUUUAUCUUCAUGAAUAAAAUAACAAUUAUCUAAUGCGCCUUUUUAAUUAUUCCACCAACAAUUUUUAUUGCCUUCAUAAUUAUGAAAAAACCAUUUUUAAACAAAGCUGAGAAUUUUAAGCAAAUAUUUUAAGAAACAAUUUUUAUUUUAGCAGCUAUACUUUUAAUUAUUUUGAAAGCCAGUGAUGGUUAAAAAGAAUAAAUUAGAAACAUCUAUUCUAGUUUAGUAAUCGUAUUGUUCUUUGGUUUACUUAUUUGCCACUCACAUUUUGUCAUGGUUGAAAUCAACAACCAAUUCCUUAAAAAAAUAAUAAAAUUAAUAACACUCAAAGUCAAAGAAGCCUUUAAAAAAUCUUAAGAUAGAUACUUAGUUAAAUAAUAAAAUUAAAAUAAAAACCAUAAAAAAACAAAAAAAAGAAAAUAGUAGAAUAAAAAAAUAUUAUCGAAAGAUUUUUUGACAAAAAGAACUGAAGAUAUAUAAGAUGAUUUUAAUAUGCUACAAAAUAUUCCUAGAUCUUACAAUUUCGAUUAGAUUGACGAUAAGGAAUUUUUAAAUAAUUAAAAAAACAAGAAUAUUUAGGUGCUUAAUUCUGUCAACUAUGCCUAAAAAAAUAGUGAGAAUUCAUUGAAUGGUAUCCUUCAAGGUAGAAGCUUAAAUGAAAUAAACCAAUCAAAUUAUAAGGAAUCACAAUAAUAGUUUGUGUAUGAAUCAUCCCAGUUAAUAACAUUCAUGGAUGUCAGCUAAUAAGAAUCUCAAACAAAAAAAGCUUUUAAUAACAACUAAUAAUAAUAGAUGGAUAUAACUAUUGAAAAAGCUCUAAAUGAAAAUUGUACAUAUUAAACCAACACUAAAUUUAAAAGACCAAAAAUUAACAUCUUAAAAUAGCAAUUAAUAAAUGAUUAAUUAUCCUCUUUUGCAGACUUAAAUUAGAUCAGUUUAGAGGUUGAAUCUCCUAUUACAAACUAAUUUAAACUAGAAUCAUAAACACACCUUGAUUUUAGUUCAUAUUCUUCAACUUCAAUAGGUUCUCCUGAUAAAUUAAUAAAAUAGAGUAGCUCUUAAAUACUAUUAUGCUAAGGUUAAAUUAAUUAGUAAUAAUCUAUUAAUGAUUCUCCUCAUAACCUAAAUGAUAAUUAAAAUGAUAAUGAUAAUCAAAAAAGUGUUAAUGGCAACGAUCAAAAUUUUAUUAACAGCUUAAACAAAUUCAGAAAUAAAAGAAAACACAAUUCCUUGAUAAGAAGAUCUUUAAGACCAGCUUACGGUGCUAAUUUUUUGAAAUCACUUUCAUUAAAAAAUUUAGAAUAAAGUGAAUCUAAUAAAAGCAGUCAGAGUAACCUAGAUUAGAAUAUGAAAGAACAAUUUUGAAUUUUAGUUUCAUAAAAAUAGCAACCCUAAGAUAUUUAUCUUUUUCAUUUAAUUAGAUAAGUUGGUAAAUAAAAAAAAUAUCAUCCAAAUAAAGUUGAUAUUGCUGUAUAAUUUGAUAAAUAUUAUUAGAGUCAAUUUAAAACAAGAAUUUUAAAUUCCUUGUGUAAGUGUGGUGAGCUGAAGAAAUUUUAAUUUAUUAUCAUAAUCUAUAUGAAGUAAUAUGAUGAAAAUGUAUAAUUUAUAAUAUUUUUAAUUGAAUUAUUUUAAAU